GUGUCGGGCGGAGCGGCGUGCGCCGGCUGCGGGGCCAAGGGCGAGGCGGCUGCGGGCAGCCCCGCUCCCCCCGCCGCGGCCGGACGGGCUCUGCCGGGGAAGAAGGGGCCGAGGGCCGCCUUGUGCGGAGCCGGGGGCUCGGCAGAGCAGGCGUCUGGGGUGCCUGCGCCGCUCCUCACUGCGAGCAGCCGUCUGCGAGGCGCCGACGGGCUCUCUCCUCCCCUCCCCUCCCGGGAGGCGGCUCAGCCCCGGCGGGCAGGGCCUGGCCGGGGGGGACGUGCGGCGGGUGGCACCCCCCCUUCUUUCUUCCUCCUCCUCUUUCUCCUCCUCUUCUUAACUUGGCGGCGCGGGGCGGUGCGCUUCGCCCUCCUCCGCCGGUGGUGGGGGAUGCGCGGGCGGCGGCGGGAUGGCCUCGGCCGUGUUUGAGGGCACCUCGCUGGUGAACAUGUACGUGCGGGGCUGCUGGGUGAACGGGAUCCGGCGGCUCAUCAUCAGCCGGCGGGGCGACGAGGAGGAGUUCUACGAGAUCCGCACCGAGUGGUCGGACCGCAACAUCCUCUACCUGCACCGCAGCUACUCCGACCUCGGCCGCCUCUUCAAGCGGCUCCUCGACUCCUUCCCCGAGGACCGGCCUGAGCUGUCCCGCUCGCCGCUGCUCCAAGGGCUCAUCACAAUAAAAGAAGCCCAUGAUAUAGAAGCCAGACUUAAUGAAGUGGAAAAGCUUCUGAAGACAGUUAUAAACAUGCCCUGGAAGUAUUCAAGAUCUGAAGUUGUCCUCACGUUCUUUGAGAGAUCUCCUUUGGACCAAGUUCUAAAAAAUGACAAUGUCCAUAAAAUUCAGCCAAACUUUCAAAGUCCAGUUAAAAUAUCAGAAAUCAUGCGAUCAAAUGGAUUUUGUUUGGCCAACACUGAAACAAUAGUCAUUGACCACAGUAUACCCAAUGGAAAAGAGAAGCACCUGGAUGUAGAUCCAGCAGAACACUUGUUUGAAAGUGUUAGUGACUUUACCUCAGAGCUGGAAGACAGUGAUGAUCCGACAGCUUAUGUCACUAAUUUGACAUACUACCACCUGGUCCCGUUUGAGACUGAUAUUUUGGACUGAGGCUGCUCAGUGAUGCAGUCAGCCAGCAUCUAGCCGACCUCUUCGUCCAAAGGCUCUGCUAUCUCCAGCGUUGCAUCUCUGUGAGUAAGGCUGUGUGGGCAAGACUUAAGAGCAGAGGAGUUGCAGCAAGUAUACCACAAAGCUGAUCUGGUAGCCUGGCCCUCUCUUGUGUGUGAUGGAGACACCUUGUAAGGAGGUAACCACUUCACCGCUCACCACAAACUCGUUUUCCAUGAACGUGAGGCAGCAGAGGCCUGUGUGGGGCUCAAGGAGAUCUCUACGGUGUCUGUGGGAAUUGCCACUCCGAGACAGCCGUCGGAAACUUGCGCCAGAGUACACUGUCACCCACACUCCUGGCUUGCAGUGCAAGUUGAGGCUUCCUCAUUUAGGAUACCGCCAGAAAGUUCCCCCAGCUGUGCUUUUUGUGCUGUGUAAGCAAGCAGGGUGAGCAAACCAGCUGAAUUGUCAGUUCCCUCUGCGGUUGCUUAAUGGAGGUCUCGCAGGUCACUUUUUGCUCAGCUACCAGAUGACUGGUGCCUUACACGAGAUGUCAGAAAUACCACAGAGUGCCUCCAGGAAACAGAAACACAUGAGCUGACCGCUUUACUUCUUUUAAUCAUAGGUUUUUAGAGAAUCACUGUAGAGGCGACCACUCUUUCCUGGAAUAGUGAAGCAGAGAGCAGCUGGCAUUGCAAUGGACUGUGCAUGAUGUUUGGGUUACCUGUAUGAUUUCAGAGAUCUGGAAAGCUGUUGGGAAAGCUGAGCUGCCCUGCUAAGAAGGGUCAAGUCUAGGUUUUAAAUGUUAUUUCCAUGUGGACAGCAAAUGUGAAUGGUGCUUACAGUUGUUUACAUCAAAGAGAUAAUUCCCUAUGCAGAAUUUGUCCCAGAGGAUGGGGAGAAAGACAAUGAGGUUUAUGUCAUGUUUGGGCUGAAAAAAAAAGGAUAAGCUACAGUGUAUGGUAGGAAAAACACUCCCUCUGCUGCCAGUCCAGCUCCAGGAGGCUGUCUAGCUUUCCAUGACCUGUUUGUGGGAUUGAGUGCAGGCCUCGUUGCCGUGAAAUGCCAUGGAUUUCAGGGGAAGUAGGAGAGUGGGAGCAAGAGCAGGAUUGGACCCUGCAGUCUCUCAACUGCUGAGUAGUGCACCAUCGAAAUCUCCUCAUGGUGUCUCUGUUGCAGAGCACUCUGAAAUCCCAUCUCUCACUGCGGGUGCUCAACACUUGCCAACGUGACCUUUCAUUGAGCUUUUUGCAAUCUGUUUGCAAACAUGAAUUUGAAGGGAUUGAAAUGGGAAUGAAUGCAUUUUGGACUUGUUUCUUGGCCAAGGGGCUUGCUUGGUCCUGAAGAAGUUGAUACAUCUCCCUUCUUGCAGACUUUGCAUUUCUACCUAUAGAAUAACAGUGGAAUGGAAUUUGCUAAUGUAAAUAAUAAAUUAUUGAGAAUCCUAAUUCUUUUACACAGUAUGUUUUUAAAAUAUAUUUUAAUGAAAUAAAAUAUAACUCACCUUCA